AUGUCUUACCUCAACGGAAACAAAUUCUCCCUGUCUGAGAAUUCUGGGUUCUCGUCGCUCAGCACCUUUGAUCUGAAGCCCAGUAUUACUGAUUCGAACUACAUUCUGGUCAAGUUGACUAGUCCUCUGGACCGAUCCAAGAAGCAGAUUCUCUCUAAAUUGCACAUCCAAGUACAGCAAUUUCUUGGCGACAAUACCUUCAAGUGCCGUUACGAGCCUACCGAUAUCGAUCGCAUCAGGGAACAAGAUUUCAUUGAAAAUGCUGAAGUUCUUUCCCCUCUCCUGAAGCUUCCUCCGAGUUUGAAGACCCAAAGCAACUAUGAGUCCCAUGAUGAGCCAAAGUCAGUGGACCUCAUUUUGCAUCAAGCUGCCGACAAAUCUGCUGAGAUCUUGAUGCAAGAAAUCAGUCAAAUUACCGGAAUCUCCCCGAGGAAUAUGAGUGUCCGCGCAGACAGCUCUAUUAUUCGAGCACAAAUUUCCCCGAGAGACCUGUUGGAGGUUGCCAAGAUUGAUAGCGUUGGGGCUAUUGAGGAGGUUCACAGCCUAACGUUGCUGAACAACGUCGCUCGGGAUGUUAUCCAUGCUGAUAUCGGGGAUUCCGGGGUUGGCAGUCUUGCAUGUUACAAAGGAAAAGGCCAAGUUGUCACAGUCGCGGAUACCGGCUUUGAUAUGGGCGACAAAGCCAAUACGCAUCCUGCUUUCGCCAACAGAGUGCGCGAUCUCAUCCCAAUUGGACGGGAAAAAUUAACAAGCGACACGAACGGCCACGGCACCCAUGUCUGUGGGUCAGUCCUGGGAAACGGCAAGUCGGACGCCAUGGGUGGCUCGAUUCAAGGAGCUGCACCCGAGGCAACAUUGGUUGUUCAAGCCCUCCUCGCAGACAACGGUAGACUUUUCGGUUCCUCGGGUAAGACUCUGGGGGACCUCCUGCGAGAUGCCUAUGAGAACCAUGAAUCUCGGAUUCACACCAACUCAUGGGGUCCUCAGUGGGACUGGAGAGGCCAGUUACCCUACAACAAUGCUUCAGAAGAGAUUGACAACUUUGUUUGGGGUCAUCAAGACCUUGUCGUGUGUUUCGCUGCUGGAAACAGUGGCAAAGCAGCGACCCGCAAGGGCCACAUUGGUGCACAGCCAGCUGCAAAGAACUGCAUCACUGUAGGCUCGUGUGAGAAUCUUCGAUCUUCCCAAGAUUACACCUGUGAAGUGUAUGAUGCCAAGGGAUUGGUCAAAGGAAACCCUGACAACAUCUCCGGAUUCAGCAGCCGGGGACCCACCAUGGAGGGUCGUAUCAAGCCCGACAUUGUAGCACCUGGAGGAAUGAUUCUGUCCACUGCUUCUCGAGCCUGUCAGCUAAGUAGCACUUUUGGAAAUAGCGAUGAUAAGCUUUGGCAAUUCUCGUCGGGCACAAGCAAUUUCUAA